CAAUCUUGAGCAUCCACCACUGUCACUGACUGUAUCAUGCCUGAACCUCCUGAACUAUCGCAUGAACUAUCGUACCGGUCUUUCUCGGACGACUCUAUAGGAACUACAACGACAGAACGUCAAGUUCUGCAGUACUACAAGGAUGAAAUGGCCAAGUCCAACACUAUGCUCUAUGUCACCCGGAUCAGCUUUGCCAUAUUCGUUGUGUUCUGCAUGUACUUACUGGUCACCUUUGUCUCGUAUCGUGUUUGGGAAACUCCUUCUGCGAUCCCGGUCUCCGUAGACCCAGCAUACCAGAACGCACCGAUUGUUGACUGCGCUGCUAACAACAGUGUUGUCAUUAAAUCUGACGCCCAGCUUCACGAGUUCAUCUUGCAAUCGCGUAAUGCAACAGGGUUCAAUACAGCUGACAUCAUUGGCGUCGCAACAUCCACAAUGGAGCCCAUCAAGCAAUUGGGCACACUACCGGCCCCUGCUGGCCGUCCUGACCACUUGCUGUUCUGCUUCUUCAAUCACAGCUCUCAACUACGCAAGGGCGAUAAAAGCUUCGAUGUAGAACAAAUCCCCGCCGCUUACUGCACGCAUGUCGUUUACUACGCUGCUGGACUUGAUGGUACGUUCAUGAUUCGAACUAGCGACCGCUUGUACGCUGAUGGGCAAACAGAUAUUGGUAUGUUUGCAUCGCUCAAAUCAAAGUAUCCUGACGUCCUCUUCCUGCACGCUAUCGGGGAAGGUAAAGCAGACUGGAAGGUGUUACAAGACAUAGCCAGUACUUCGAGCUCAGUUACUAAUUUCGCACACAGUGUCUUGAAAUGGACAGUCAAGAUGAAACUUGAUGGAGUCGUGAUCAACUGGAACUAUCCGAAGAAAAGCGAUAAGGACCACCUCAUUCGUUUGAUGAGUGAACUGAAAGCUUCUUUGUCCCGCAGAAACCUUCUGGUCGCCAUUACUCUUCCGCAUGAGCAGAAUUUGAGACAUGAUGGUUUCGACGUAUCACGACUCUCAGGCUACGCAGAUUUCCUGUUGUUCUCCAUGUUCGGCACCCAUAACUAUACGAGCCCAAAAACUACGUUUCCGAUCACCAAUGAGGACGUCAUGUUGUUUCCGAAAACGAUAAUGAAGGAAAUGGCAGAGCGGAAUCUAGGAAAAGCUUGCCUGAUACUCCCCGUCCAUGGUUUGUCCUUUUCAUUGCGGUCAAUAUCUCAAAGACAUAUUGGAGCAGCAACCAAAGGCUCUGGUACCGUAUUGUACAACGAGAUAUGCAGGAAUGACUGGUCUCUCGUGAAGUCCGAGCUCUUUCACACAUUUGCAGUGAAGGAGAAGCAGUGGGUUGGGUACCAUGACCAGUACAACUUAAGGAACAUAAUGCUUUUGACGAAGCGGCGUAAUGCAAUUCGUUGUUUCGCUCUCUGGGACGUCAGCUCUGAUGACUUCCGUGGGGCAUGUGGAGAACGUUUUCCAAUCGUGCGGACGUGCUACCGGAAUCUUCGCCCAACCGUAGAUGAUACACUGAGCUGGGUUGACUAGUGAGUUAAGUGCGACACAGGAUUUGGGGAAAUAAAAGUUUCUUCAGCA